AUGGCUAUCAAAAGAAUGAGAGGACCAUCACCCCCAAGCAUUGCUAACACUGAAGCCAGAAGAAGAUCAUCAUCAAUGCCCAAAUGGGGUCAGCUUGUUGGUGAUGUUUUACUUCAAAUUCUUAACCGUCUGUCCUUCGUCGAUGUUCAACGAGCCAAAACUGUUUGUUUGCAUUGGAAUUCUGUUGCGAAACAACUUAAACUCUACACAAAGUUCCAUCGAAUUCCUUGGCUCUUGAUUCCUCCUCAAGAUGAAGAAAGUAAUGCGAGCAGCGACACCAGUACCAAGCUAUUCAGUAUUGAAGAUGGACAACUUUAUAGUAGCAAGUACGCAACGUCGAAGGAGAUUUGUUAUCAGAGUUUUUGUGUUGGAUCAUCUCAUGGAUAUAUGAUCUCCAUCAACUGUGAAAGAAACAACCUUUUUGUUUUCAACCCUCUAACCGAGAAACGAACAGAACUUCCUGCAAUGGACACUUUCUUGGGGAGAAUAAUUGAGGAUAUGGAUAAUGGAGGCGAAUACCUUAUUAAAUUUGCUCCUGAAGCUGCCUCAGAUUCCAGAUUUUAUAGGGGGUGGACGUGUUCAAGACAGCUGAGAGAGCACUUUAUUCAAAAGGCUAUUUUGUCAUGCGACCCAUGUCAUAAUAAGAGCUACGGAGUGGUACUAAUCUGUUGUCAAAACUCGAAAAUCGCUUUCUGCCAGUGUGGAGAUAGUGGGGCAAUGUCAUGGAUGUAUCUUGAAGGUAUGGAUGCCCCGUUCCAUGAUAUUAUGUGCCAUGAAAAUAAGCUAUAUGUACUCGCGAAUUGUGGCAGUCUUGCUGUUUGGGACUUGGGAUCUGAUAGUUUUCCAGUAAGCACGAAGACCAUAACGAGUCUUUUCUGUUGUGCAUCAUUGCGGCAAACGCUGAAUGUUUCGAGUGAUCUUUACAACUCCAGACUUUACCUGGUGGAAUCACCUGGUGGGGUUUUGCUCGUUGUGAGGCGCAUAGGGGAAUUUGUUGACGAGGAAGGUAGGGUGUUGCACGAAGGAGACUUGCUUACUGACAAGGCUGCUGAACCUUUGGUUUGUGCAUACAGGACAUUGUUAUUUGGCUUGUUUAGGAUGGAUUUUGACAAGGAAACAUGGGUGAGCAUGAAAUCGUUGGAUGAUCAAGCAGUAUUCGUGGGUGGAAAUCACUCCGCAUCAGUCUUAGCUUGCGAUCUUCCAGGAUGUGAAAAGAAUUCUGUUUACUUUACUGAUGAUUACUGGGAGCGAAUGAACGAGGAUUAUUUGUAUGGUGGCCAUGAUAUGGGUGUUUAUAACUUGAAAGACAAAAGUGUCAAGCAUUUUUAUCAAUUGGAUGCACUGAAGAUUCAACCUCCACCCUGUUGGUUCCUUCCAAAUCCAUGGUAGACCCAUAUCAGGAGUUUCCAUGAUGGUAAUUAGGCUCUGUUCUAUCUGGGAUGUCACUUGUUUCUUGCUAGCUUUGUCUGAUGGAUUGCUUCUUGAUAUUUGUUGUCCUAUCAACUUUCUGUAAUGCAUUCAACCACCGCCCUGUUGGAUCCUUCCUAAUCCAUGGUAGAGAUAUAUCAGGAGCUUUCUUGAUUACUUCAAAUAGUCUGUUUCUGCUGGCUUCUCUGCUUCCGA